AUGGAGACCAUAGGUCUCCGCGCCGGCUCAAAAAGAAAGGUUCUUACUCCGAGAAGACUUACCAAAAAGAGCCAAAGAGUUCAGCCCAAGGAUCAGGGCAACCUCUUGGAUAUCUCGCUUCUUGGCCGCUCUUUACACUGUCCCACCAUUUGGUGGUGUGCAGAGAAGAUAUAUCCGGGGAAGCGCUUUGAUAAGUAUGCUAUCCUUGGCGAUGAUAUUUGUAUCGCCGACUCAAAGGUCGCAAAAGUCUACCUAUCUACACUUAAGGAUUUAGUGGAUUUAUCCCCUCUCUUCGAAACCUGGCUAAUUCCCAUACAAUACAUGCAUGGACUGUAUUCCCUUUGUCAUCUCUAUAAGAUACAGAGGUUUUCCACUCUAUGUCGAUUGUAUGGUAUUGGUUAUAGGCUUCUUGGUAAACUUAACCACACUAAGUCGUCUACAGUCUUACGGCUGAAGGAGAUUUGGUUAAAGGCUAAGCUAUCUUUCGAGUUGUGGCUUGGCCAGUGCUGUCCUGUCGACCCUUAUUUAAAAGGUCGAUUGAUCUGGAAGCUUCAACAAGCUUUCAGACCUAAGGAUCUUGUGGUGCCUCCAACGAGUACUUAUAAGUCUGAGACUUUUUAG